AUGGCCACAAUUGCACAAUCCCCGUUCCUCUUUGAUGACCUUGAUGAUGACUCGGCUGAUCUUAUCCUGCAGCUUCAACUUCACGACCUUGAGGAAUUUAAGCAAUCAAGAGCCGGCAAGCAGCGGGAAGGUAGCGGAAGCGAUGCUGAAAUUGCAGCGGGACUCCUGGAAGAGAGUCUGGGCGACCUUCGCACAUUCCUAGCAGACCGUCGAAUGACAAAAAGCAUUGCGCGGGCUGUCCAAGCUGAUGGGACAAUCCUUACACAAAAUGCUCUCGCAGAGGAGGCAGCGCUUGAAGAUCAUGCAUUGGCUCACCGAUUGAAUGGGACCAACAUUGAUUCGGAAGUCAAAAUCCCUUCAAAGUCGAUCGACGAUACGACCUUGUCGAAACUUGCUGGCCUUUAUGUCUCUGAAGCGCUCGGCCAGACGCUAGCAAAUUGCCAUAUUGGACCAGACCUCGUCCAGGGGGCAGAUGAAGAGCCUGAGACAUCGACACGGGCUGCCAUGCGCAGAGAUACCCGCGAUGGCAAUCUCAAUCGCCACUGCGAAGCCUGCCGUGAGCCGAAGAAGUAUUUCGACGUUGUUGCCGCUCCAUGCAACCAUGAAUAUUGCAGAGAUUGUCUCCGCGAUCUCUUUGACGCAUCAUUGACCGAUGAAAGUCUUUUCCCCCCUCGGUGCUGCCGCCAGAGUAUUCCUCUCGAUGCCGUGAGCAUAUUCUUGACAAGUGAACUGAAACGGGAAUUUCAGCAAAAGGAGGUCGAGUUCAGCACUCCUAACCGCACAUACUGCAGCCGAACGGAAUGUUCACUUUUCAUAUCAGCCGAGAAUAUCGUUGACGAAAUUGCCAAUUGUCCCAGCUGCGCCGCUCGAACAUAUGCCGCUGCGGGCACCAAUUUUGCUACGUCUGUGGAGCACGCUGGAAGACGUGUACAUGUCUUCAAUGGAACGAAGACCGCCUUUUAG